GGUUCUGUUUUUAAUGCCAGAUAAGAAGAACGUGCCCAGCAUGGUGCUGAGGAAGGUCACAGGGGAUCAGUGGAUUCUCCGGAGUUCCACCAUUAAAAAGGAGGAAGACGAAGAGGAGGAGGAGGAGGAGGAAGAGGAGAAGAGGAAGUUCAGGAGAGCAAACCCUUCAGGAUUCGUGCAGAAGAGGCGUCGCGUGGCCUGCAGGGAAUGCGUGGCGUGUCUCAGGAAGGACUGCGGGAGCUGCUCCUUCUGCCGAGACAUGAGGAAGUUCGGCGGGCCGAGCCGCCUGAAGCAGAAGUGUGUGAUGAGGCGCUGCCUGGUGCUGCUCAGAGAGAAAAAUAAAUCCCAGGAGCAGAACCGCCUCCUGGCUGCGAAGAACACGGGACCAUCGGGCCACGCCCAGGCCACAGAGCAGAGCGGGUCCACAGAACCAGGGUCCAAGCACUGGACAGGAUGGAGUAGAUGGAGGCAGGAGAAGAUCGCCGCAGGAGAGGAGGUGAUGCCCAGGAGUCUGAGGGGGAGGUGGGCGUCGCUGUGGGGGAAACAGCGUCUGAGGAUGAUGAGCGACAGAGUUCUGCUGCUGAACCCAGAGCAGCAGAAGAAGGCGGGUUCAGGAGACGCUGAGGAGAUGAGGAAGAGGAGGUGGGUGAAGAAGAGGAGGAGGUGGGGGGGAACCAGGGCCGCCGCAGAGUCACAGAUCAGAAAGGACUGGGACGGCCUGCUGAUGAAGGAGGAGGAAGAGGAAGAGGCCCCGCCCUCUCAGUUUCCCGUCAGCGGUGGACCGCCAGGACCGGAAGGAACCUCUGGACCUCAGACCGCGACACAUCUGCAGUGGAACCUGACUCUGGACAGCGCCCACCUGUCCUCCAACCUGGUCUCUGACUCCGCCCUCAGCUGCCUGCUGCCUCAGGAGGGAUCCGUCCUCCAUGUUUCCACGGGGCUCACCUUCAUCCCGCCCCCUCCUCCCCUUCCUGCUCCUCACGCCGUGGUCGCCGUCCAAUCACCGCAGCUGAAAGAGGAGGAGGAGCCAGUGGAGAUUGAGGAGUAUGGGAGGGGUGGAGAGCAGGAGGAGGCGGAGCAGGAGGAGGCGGAGCCAGAGCAGGAGGAGGCAGAGCAGGAGGAGGCGGAGCCAGAGCAGGAGGAGGCGGAGCAGGAGGUACGGAUCGGGGUGUCAGAUGCUGGGAAAUACUAUGAAGUGGAGGUGGAGCUACCGGAACCUCAGUCCCACCAGAACACUCUGAGCGCAGCGACGCCGGCGCUCUCUGACCUCCAUGACAUUUCCAGCUGUUGUGACCUCACCUACGGACGCCCAGAGUGCAUCUCAUUGGACCCAGACUGCUUCCACCUGCUGAGGGGGGCGGGUGAUGCCGCUGCAGCAGGUGGGCGGAGCUUGUCCCGUCUGCUGUGGAUGCUGAGGAGGACGGUGCUGCCGGCGCAUUGGGUGGCUGUUCUGGCUGAUGGACCGGAGCUGCAGCUGCUGCAGUGCUCCAAGUUGUCCCCCAUGGCAGACACCAUCGUCCACGUCCAAUCAGAUCACAGCUUCCACAUCAGCGUCCAGACGCAGCUGCUGCCGGACUCACACCGGGUCUACAAGGAGCGCGCCCACAGAAUCGCUCACCUGAGCCAGCUGGUGACUCUGCUGCUUGACCUGGAGCGCCUCACCGUCUGCCGGGGCCUGAGGUUCCGGCCCCCCGGCGGUCUACAGCGCCUACGCUCCACAGACUGCCACCUGCUGGUGACUCCGCCCUUCCGCACUUGCUUCCCCUGCCUGCUGGAGGAUGAGGAGGAGGAUGAGGAGUCUGAGGAUGAAGAUGGAACCAUGGAGUUAGAUUCUUACUGUUGAGCUGGACUUCACAGUUUGUAAGGAUAAAUGCAGUGUUUGAAAAAAGUGCCAAACCAAGUAGAGCUGGGGCUUCUGGGUAAUGGAGUCCUCAGCUCUGAGCAGAUUCUCCAGCAGCUGUAGGUCCAAACGUUUCUACCUCAGAGUGUUGAUGCUACUGAUCAGAGCUCACUAAAGUCCUGUGGAUCCCAGUUCCCAGAACUGAACUCGGUCCGGUUGGAAGAGGAGCGACUCAGGCAGGACGAGGACUACCGCUCGCCUCCUCUUACUUUUCCUUUGCGUGUUUCUGUUUUAUCAUAGAGAUGUUUCUACUUUUGAUACGUUUAUAAAGAGUUUUCCUGUUCCAGAAGCUGUCUGGU